AUGUGUCUAUAUAUUUUGGACAAUUUCUUCUGGGCAGAAAGGGACACCGGGACACCAUUCGCCAGGAGCUUUGGCAAGAGCACCAGCAAGGAGACCAAUCAGGAGAAGGCCAAGGAAAGCGUCAGCGAGGCCAGCACCGCGGUGCAGGAGACGGCACAACAGGCGUCCGAGGCCACUCAGGAGGCGGUACAGCAGGGUGUGACGAGCGCCCAAGAGACAGCGGAAACCGCGGCAAAAAGCACCAAGGAUGCGAUGAACAAGACUUCCACUCAGGAGACGCCACAGGACCUUGGCAUUACCUUCUCAGACGAGCCCACCCUGGCCCCUGCUGCCACCACGGCGCCCGAUGUGGUGCCAAGUCCUGGUGACAUGCCGGCAAGCUCGAUGCCCACGUCCAGCACCUCAUGGCUGGAUCAGGUGAAGGAGGGUCUUCAUCAAGGAUUCACGACCGUGAGCCAGAAGACCAUGGAAGGCUAUGAGGCCGCUAAGGACAUGAUGGGACCCAGCUCCAGCGACGGUCCCAGUUGGACGGAGUCGCGCUUCCACCAGGGUGUGACGACGGUGACAGAGAAGACCAGCCAGGGAUAUGAAGCUGCGAAGGAGUACAUGACCAGCUCAUCGGCUCCGACUGUGGCUAGGGCGAGCGCACAGAAUGAAGAGCCCAGCACCACUUCUACAACUUCCAGCUGGUCCGACCAAUUCCAGAACCUUGGCCGCACCUGGUCUAGCUUCACCAUGUGCCUCUCCACGGUGCAAGAGAAGACGCAGCAGGGCUACGAGGCUACUAUGGAGUUCGUGGUGGGCAAGCACCUUUGUCACGAAGCGGUCAUGGGGAUGCUGAAUGAGGUCGAUUUCAUGAGAUUUUCGCCAAGUAAAAUGGUGGUUGAACAGGAUUUGAUGGUGAUUUAA